AUGGAUGCACAGUAUCCUUUUGCCUCACGCGACGACAUCUGGCGCGUCUUCGAAGAGAUCAAGGAGCUUCACGCUGCCCAGUUCGAACAGGCGGAGCGGAUAGCACGGCUGGAACGGCGGAGAGACGAGGAUGCAAGGCUGAGAAGCGUUUGGGGUCCUUUAUCGCCUUUUCCCACCUCUGUUGGGGGCACCGUCCCCGUGGAGCCGGUCUUUCAUACUCCCGCCGACACGUUUAAGGGGUUCGAUCAGGGACAUCAUCAUACAGUGGUCAAUACCAUGGGUCUGGAGACCGAGGAGGAGCCUAGGCGUGGCACGUCCAGGGCGAAUAGCGUUCGGUUCGAUGAGAGCGCCAUCCACGGUUACUAUGGACAAGCCAGUCGAUCAACCAGCGAGCUGCCGUUGAGGACAGGGAGUGGUCUAGGCAGCCACCCUAUGACUGAGCGGACGCUAUCCCAUCGCUCAGACGGACGACAAAGCUCCUCGGGGCAUUCGCACCACUCGGCUCGAACGAAUAGCCUAGGCUUAGAAUCCAGUAGCAGGAUGAUGGCUUCCUCUGUCGUAGGAUCGCCCGUCAUUCCUCCACCCGGGCUCUUUCUUCUUGGUCCUGUCCCGUGCAUCAUUCGGUGCUGGUUGACCACUAACUUUUCCAACGAUUCUCUGUUGUAUGCCGCCGUCUGCACCGGCUCCUACACCUCUUCACUGGGGUAUCCGAUGGUCCAACGAUUCGGUUGGGAAGAUCAGCUGAUCCAGGACGGAGAUGUGCAGUAUCUCAAACUCCCCAUGUACCUUCCCGAGGCUAGCGUGCAUCAAUCCUCAUCGCGCUCCAGUAGCCCCGCGCCUCAGGUUCCUACCUUGACCAUCCGUUUCCUGGUUCGCGAGGUCGACCCCAGUGACUAUUCGGUGCAGAUUGUUCUUGGCAGUGAUGUGCUCCGCUCCCACAACGCCGACGUGCUGUUCUCUCAAGACAAGAUCAUCAUGGUAGACGACGAGCGCAACAAGAUCUCCAUCCCCCUUGUUCGUCCGGAGGAUGACACCGUCUUCAAGUCAUUGUGCACGGCCUCCGAUGCAUCACGCGCAGGGUGGAAAGACCGGCAUGCCGCCCAGGUUGACUCCCCGAUAGACAUAAAUGGCCAUGCGCCUGUGGGAGUCAUCGGGCGUCCUACCAGCUCAUCCCGACGAGCGGCCUCCACCACUGGCUCCGUACAAGACUUCACGGAAGACUCCGAGGACAGUCGAAAGGCCCAUCCCUCGGAGACGCAGGAAUCUCCCGUCGAUGCCGAUCCGACCCAAGAACAGGACAAGCCCGCCGGGACCGUAUCGAGUGUUCCAGCUCGUGCGGAAGCAUCCGGGGUCUGGGGCUCGUGGAAACGCGAUACCAUAGCUGACCCGAAUGCAAGCGCGGCGACGGGCAAGCCUUCGCGCGGCCGUGCUAUGAAAGUACUGCGGCCCACCAAGGCGACAUCUCGAGUGGCGUCGUCGACGACAAUUGCACCCAGCACCAGCUCACCGGUUGAUGUCGUGCAGCAGCCUCCCUCGACUCGCACAUCCCCGGACCGGGUGCGCUCCGGCAAGCAGUGGGCUUCGAAUCCCGUUGGCGGGGCCUCGGCUUUUGGAUGGCUCAACACAUCGUCCCAGCCGGGGACUCGUAGCAUGACGACGGCCACUGGCCCUAAAUGA